AUGGGUAGUACGAACUCGAAGAGUGCUCACAAGUCGAACAAACUAAAUCCCCAGCCGACGUUAGCCUCAAACAAUUAUGAGGCUCAGCCUGAAAAGGAAGACAGCAGUAGCGAGAAGCACGGCACCAAAAGCACUAGCGCGAAGCAGAAAGAUGCAGAACCAUCUCACAAGCCCCAGUCUGCGAUUGUAGCCGAUGUCAACGCUGACGCUGCAUUGGGCACUGGCCUGUCUGCGGCAAAUCCAUCUGCUAGUGUCAUCUCGGUAUAUUCUGGUCUAUUACCUGAGAUCCCGCCUUCAACGCUUCGUGGGACACCCACUCCAACACCUGGCUUUUCGCCCCUACCCCCUUUUGCCUCCUUUGCUGCUAGCACUGUGAUAUCCUCGCUCUCUGUAGUCUCGUCGCGCACCUUUCCUACACCGUCUCUGCCCAUCCUUCAGGACGUCUUCCCAGCACGCAAUCCCAAAGACGAUGAGGAAUCGCUUUUCGGGGGCAAGGAGAGACUUUCGGGUAACAACGGUCUCUGGACUUGGACGACGUACUCUCGGCCGGCUUCUGCCAAACCUGAGCUAGCCGCUCCUGAAGGACAGAAUUAUGCAUUCACCAACACGUCCGAGAGAGGCUGGCAGCAAUUGAAGGAGCCGCCCAUGGGUGCUAACGAGAAAACUAUGCAAGCCAACAUGGGAUCAAGAGUCCCUCCUCGGUCUGUGCCCUCUGUCCAGGAAGCCACGGGCACCAUCCCGCGUGGUGCAAGGCGGGUCUCUGCCAUGUCUAUGUCAAUUUAUCCGGGAUCGCCUCAGUCAACUCAAGGUAUCGGCAUCGCGAUUGGAGGAGCCUCGCCUCUGACUGCAGAUGGCAUGCCUGUCCUGCAACGCAAUGUGUCAAAGGCGUCCACCCGCCGGGUAUCGACCAGAAGAAGUGUGCGUUACAGUGUCCAGGGGAAAAGGCCUGGCAUCGAUAGCGGCGAUGUAGAUGUUUAUGAUGGUCUGAGGAUUACCUCGCCUGUGACAGCGAGUCCUGCCACGGUGCACAAAAAAUCUAGUUCCGUGCAGGGCCGUGCGCGUGUCAAGGCUCCCUACGCUCCUGCCGCUUUGCUACGCACUUCGACAUCGGCUGCGGCAUACAGCGGUGUUUCCAAUCCCUUCGAUGACUCGCAGUACGUCUUGCCUGCCUUCUCUCCAGCGUUGAAGUCGGACGCCUUACGCGAGCGCGAUACCCGCGCGCUGACCACCGCUCUUGGCCUUGCAAGUCCCGUACCACCGUCUCCCCAACCAACACUAUAUCCCGAUGACUCGAUCACUCUCGCCGGCGGGCGCAGCGAGAAUCAUCCAGCGAGCAAGCCACGCCCCCAGAGUCAGUCGCUGAGUCCGGGCAUGGAAGCAAGCGCGCGGCUUGGGAACCUCAUGCUGGCAGAGUUCUCGAGCAUGCAGUCGCUGCCGUCCGCCCGUGCAAGCGGGGACGGUACAGUGGGUGUGUUGCGGAAGACGAGCUCGAAGAAACGGGCGGAGGACAAGCCGCCCCGGGUGCCCUCGCCGCCACCGUUGCCCUCGCUAGCGCAGAUGGCCCUGUCGCAUACGAACCCGGAUGCUUACACAGACUACAGGAGCCCGACCUACAGUAUCUAUGGGCUCUACGAGGCGGACCGGAAAAGCCGUGCUCCUGGAGAGGGCGGAUACUGA